AUGGCGUUGCCCAUCUUCCUAUAUCUAUUCAUCUCCACACUAGCCCUAACUGUAUCAUCCUACUUGUACAUCAGGUCAAGAGGAUCAUCAGACAACUCCUUGCUCCGCAAAAACUGGCCAAUAGCUAGAAUACUCCCCUUCUUGGCCAAUCUCCGCAACUUCCACGACUACCUCACUGCCAUUCUUGCCGCAUCAGGGUGCAACUCCUCAGUGCAAGUUGGGCUAACGAGCAGGCCAUUCAUCCUGACAAGUGACCCAUCGAAUGUCCAGCACAUGUUCACCACGAACCAUGCCAACUACGUAAAGGGAGAGAUAUUCCCUGAAAUCUUCGACAUCGUGAGCGACACGAUCUUGACCGUCGACGGUGAGGCCUGGCGGCAGCAGAGAGCGAAGGGUAAGACCAUGCUAUGCAGCCAGAAGAUGACUUCGUGGGUGGCUUCGUGUUGCCACGGCAAAGUGGCGAAGGGCCUCCUCCCGUUCUUGGCCCGUAUGGCGAGCACGCGAGCUCCGUUCAACAUGCAGGAGCUGAUGGGGAGGCUGGUGUUCGACCAGACUGCCACGCUAGUCUUUGGCGUGGACCCUGGGUGCCUGUCACUGCUGGACGAGAUGCCGUCCAUGCGUGUCGCGGAUGCCAUGGACACGGUGAUGGAGGUGGCCUUCUUCCGUCAAAUCGUCUUCAAUCAUCUCUGGAAGCUAAUGAGAUGGCUGAACAUUAGUUUCGAGUGGAAGCUCGCAGCUGCGCAUGUCGUGCUACAUGCAUUCGUCACGGAGAUGGUGGAGAAGAGGAACUUUGCAAGGCAUCACCACCAGGAUAUUGAUGGUGACAAAGUGACCUGCGUCGACGUUCUUUCUUACUACAUCACUGACCCUGAGUGCCGCAGCGACGGCAACCUGCUGCGCAAGAUGCUUCUAGUCUACAUGAUCGGCGGGCGGGAUACUGUUGGCACGGCGCUUCCAUGGGUCUUCUACAACCUUGCAAAGAACCCAGGCGUCGUCUCCAGCAUCCGCAAGGAGCUAGCGCCUCUCGCCUCUCGCAAAGGUGGCACCACCGUCGUCUCCACUGAUGAUGCUGGCAACCAGAUGGUCGUGUUCGAGUCAGAAGAGACGAAGCCUCUGGUCUACCUUCAGGCGACGUUGUUCGAGUCCCUGAGGCUGUACCCGCCGGCCCCAGUCGAGGGCAAGGCUGUGGUGAACGACGACGUCCUACCAAGCGGUCACCAGGUGCGGCGUGGUGAAGUCAUCCUGAUCUCCAUCUACGCUAUGGGUAGGAUGGAGAGCGUGUGGGGCAAGGACUGCCAUGAGUUCAGGCCCGAGAGGUGGCUCUCCGAGGAUGGAACCAAGCUGCAGUAUGUGCCGUCCUGCAAAUUCUUGGCCUUUAACUCGGGCCCAAGAUUGUGUCUAGGCAAGGACAUUGCGAUCAUGGAGAUGAAGACCAUUGUUGCCGCCGUGGUGUGGAACUUCGAUGUGGAGGUCUUGGAAGGGCAGAGCGUCAAGCCGAAGCUAUCGUUCCUUUUGCAGAUGGAGAACGGACUCAUGGUUACCGUCAAGAAGAGAGAGGAAUGCAGUAAGCUAUGAACUAUGAUGUAUGCUGCGUCCUCAGUUAUAUGUAUUGUCACAUAUUUUGUAAUAAGGAUGCCAUGCAUUACUCAUGAAAUGGCAUGCAAGCACUAGUCUUCU